GAGCCGCAUGCAGCGUCAUUCUCUGCCUACAGCUGGAAAGCGUCUGGCAGGCUGUUGACUUCAUUCACCCACUGACGGGUUUCUACAUGGAACACGAGAAAAUCUUAGGGUUUGCAUUGAAACGAGGGAUAGUCUGAUGUAAAUAAGUGCAAAGGUGCAGACAGACACCGGCUGCAGCCCAUCCUCCCCAUUCAACAUCACUUGAGAGGGACCGGAGCUCACAAAGAAGCGCUCCUCCGGCUCUUCAAACCCAGCACCAGCACAUUCUGCAAGAGAUGACAAGCCGUUAGUCGACAGUGACAUCGGAUAUUUAAACGCACAAAAAGCGACAGCAGCCGCGGGUGUUGAAAUGGAGUUGGAGCAUUUCGACGAACGGGACAAAGCGCACAGAUACAGCCGCGCGGGCUCGCGGGCUCACGGGCUCCCCAGCCCCACGCACAGCGCCCACUGCAGUCUGUACCGGACCCGAACCCUACAGGCUCUGAGCUCCGAGAAGAAAGCCAAGAAGGUUCGGUUCUACCGCAAUGGGGACCGGUACUUUAAAGGAAUCGUGUACGCUAUUUCCAACGACAGGUUUCGGUCCUUCGAAGCAUUGCUUGCAGACCUCACCCGCGCCCUGUCAGACAAUGUCAAUCUGCCCCAGGGGGUCCGGACCAUUUUUACCAUUGAUGGGGGCAAGAUUACCAGCAUGGACCAGUUGGUGGAAGGGGAGAGCUAUGUGUGUGGAUCCAUUGAGCCUUACAAGAAACUGGAAUACACCAAAAAUGUCAACCCUAACUGGUCGGUCAACAUCAGGACCGGUGGAUGCGCACGGGCACCCACAUCUCUGGCCAGCGCAAAGGCUGGUUCUUCAGAAACCAAGGAUAACAAAGAUUUCAUCCGGCCCAAACUGGUGACCAUAAUCCGCAGCGGAGUGAAGCCCCGGAAAGCCGUGCGCAUUCUUCUCAACAAGAAGACGGCCCACUCCUUCGAGCAGGUUCUCACAGAUAUCACUGAUGCUAUCAAACUGGACUCGGGGGCGGUCAAGAGGUUAUACACAGUAGAUGGUAAAUUGGUCACAUGCCUUGAGGACUUUUUUGGUGAAGAUGAUAUAUUCAUUGCCUGCGGGCCAGAGAAGUUCCGCUACCAGGAUGACUUCCUGUUAGAUGAUAGUGAGUGCAGGGUGGUGAAAUCGCAGUCUUACGGCCGCCUGUCUUCCAUGCAGGGUCGCUGCUCUCCUCGCAGCGGUGGACCCUCGAGAAGAAGCAAGUCCCCCGGUUCCACCAGCUCAGCUAAUGGAACAGCGGGCAGUCAGCUGUCGACUCCACGGUCAGGAAAAUCUCCCAGUCCAUCAGCCACCAGUCCAGCCAGCCUGAGGAGACGGAGGGGCUCUCAGCACAGUGGCUCCUCCCUCUCUCUCGCCUCUACCAAGGUGUGCAGCUCUAUGGACGAGGGAGAUGGGCCAAGCAGUGAAGCUGAGCUGAUGGAGGAUUAUCCUCAGGUUCCCGCUUCCAUAGCUGAGAGGUACAAAGUGGGGAGAAUGAUUGGAGAUGGGAACUUCGCUUUGGUCCGGGAGUGUGCGGAGAGAUCCACAGGACGAGAGUACGCUCUGAAGAUCAUUAACAAAAGCAAAUGCAGGGGGAAGGAACACAUGAUACAGAAUGAGGUGUCUAUUCUUCGGAGAGUGAAGCAUCCCAAUAUUGUUUUACUGAUUGAGGAAGUGGACACUUACAACGAGCUCUACCUGGUGAUGGAGCUGGUCAAGGGGGGUGACCUCUUUGACGCCAUCACUUCCUCCAACAAGUACACGGAACGGGAUGCCAGCGGGAUGCUGUAUAAUCUGUCCAGCGCUAUCAAAUAUCUGCACAGCCAUAACAUUGUUCACCGCGACAUCAAACCCGAGAAUCUCUUGGUUUAUGAACACCAGGAUGGAAGUAAAUCUCUAAAGCUGGGCGAUUUUGGCUUGGCAACAGUUGUAGAUGGACCCCUCUACACUAUUUGUGGGACCCCGACCUACGUAGCUCCAGAGAUCGUUGCAGAGACGGGGUAUGGGUUAAAGGUUGAUAUCUGGGCGGCUGGGGUCAUCACAUACAUUCUGCUUUGUGGGUUUCCACCUUUCCGUGGGAGCACAGAGGAUCAGGAUGCACUUUUAGAUCAGAUUUUAAUGGGACAGCUGGAGUUCCCUCUUCCAUACUGGGACAACGUAUCUGACUCGGCAAAGGAGCUUAUUACCUGCAUGCUGCAGGUGGAGGUGGAUCAGAGAUACACAGCCCUGCAGGUGCUGGACCAUCCCUGGGUCAACGAUGAGAGAUUGUGUGAGAAUGAACAUCAGUUGUCUGUGGCUGGCAAGAUUAAAAAACAUUUCCACACCGGCUCCAAACCCAGCAGCAGCACCGCUGGAGUCUCCAUCAUAGCAACCACCCCUCUUGAUAAGGAGAGGCAGGUUUUCAGACGAAGACGCCACCAGGAUGUGAAAGCCACCUUGAGCACCUUUCCCUCCGGUACUCCGACCUCGGUCACCCUCUCGCCGGCUGAAUUCACAUCAGAGUCUGAGGACAUCUCUCCCAGUUCAGCCGAGACGGUCCGCUCACCACACUCACCCUUUUAACAGCCCACACGCUGUCUCUGCAGGAAAACAUUGGAUGAAACAGACGAUAAGAGGAAAAGGUCAAGUGAAUUAUGGAUGUCUAGGAAUGACAGUCCCCUUUUGAAGAGCACGAAGAACAAUGUUUUGUCACAUGGAUCAUAUGGUUAAGGUUUGCUAGGAAUGGAUGGGAUGAUGGGUUGUGUGUUGUAAUCUCUGAGGGUAGCACACAGUCUCAAAGAAGCUCAUGUCUGAAUUAAAAUUCAAAAUAGUUUUCUCUGUCUAAACUACACGUUUGGUGCUACGAGAGACUGGCCAGUACGUUUAGAUCAUCUGCCUUACUUUUGCUGCGAGCCUCCUCUAGUGUUGAGUAGUGAGAAAUGCAGCUCAGUAUUUCUCCAAGGGUUUUCCUUUUUAUCCCUAUAAUAAACCUGGGAUUUUAGCAUCUUUUCUUUCAAAAUCUCGUAUGUGACUUUUUACCUUUUGUAUGACUUUAUAUUGGACACAUUUUAGGUUUACAUUACAGCCUAGUAACCUUAUAUUUGCAUAUUUCAGCAUUUCCAUGUGAUUUGUUUUUGUCUGUUAGACGAUAGAAUGUUCUUUAUGUAAUAUGUAAAAUGCCUGAAUAGUUAGACAUUAGAUGUACCAUAGAUGUGGCUUUAGAAGUGUUUAUUUGGAGCCUAAUGCAAUCCAAGUGAAGGGUGCUGAUUUGAACAUGAAUAACAAUGAAACUUGUCUGUUCAAUGCUGCUGCUAUAAUCUCCUCCUCAGUAAGUUUGGCUCUGUCUUAUAGACUAUCAAAUUAUACACUAUAAUAGACUGUCCCUCUACUUCCCUUAUUUAAUAUACAUUCUCAGAUGUCGUACUAGUUGAUGGGAGAACACCAAACAAGCUGAGGUGGCAACUGGAUUACCUUGUUUGUUAUUCAAAAGCAUAAGACACACUCAAAUAUUUGGAUGACAUUUGGGCUAAGCUUAUAUGAUUUUGUUUAUAACGCAGAAUGUUUCCUUUGAAUCUGUAGACUUAAUUGGAAUUUAAUUGGAAUGCAUCUUUUAAUAUUGUCACACAAUGGCCAAAUGAGACUGAAAGAAAGAUUUGAAAUGUUUAUAGUGAAUUGAAAACAGAAAAACAAGUUCUGAUUCUUUUUAUAAAUGAAGAGUUUAUGUGCAAAAACAGAUAACUCUGUUUAAAACUUUUCAUGUUAUCAUGUUUUUCUUGUAUUAGUUAGUUGUGUUUUAUGCGUUAUUACUUAAUCAGAACAACCCAACUGCAGUUUGAUUGAUAUUAAUUUGAAUGCACAAUAAAAAAAACAUGAUUUUUGACAUUUAAAACCGAGUUAUCUGUUUUUGCAGAAUUUUUCCCAUUUUUGAAUCAUUUACAAGUUCUUUAAAGCCUAUCUAAGAAUCACUACACAGAGAUCAUAUUAUUACCUAACCACUAUCGUAACGACCUGUUUAUCAAACUUCAUACAGAAAUGAUCAAGACCUUUAUCAGUUUUGACCAUUUACCUUUUUUGUUGGUCUAAUAAUGUCUGUUUUGCAUGUGGUCCAAUAUAAAUGUGAAGUAUUGAAAUAACAGCUGUUUAAUAUCAGAACUGUCAGUAGCUCAUCACAAGCAGCUAGUUUCAUAAAGCCCUCUCUUUGUUUAAUGUGUGUAUUGAACAUUUUAAGGUUAUACAGCGUUCUGAGGCCGACAGCAUGUGUGAAGGCUUCAGGUACAAUCAUAAAAGUGACCGAAAAGCACAAAAGGCUUCAAAUGUAGUUACGAUAUAGCAUGGAAUUGCUUUAUAAAUAAACAUCAAAAAUGUAUGGCUUGAUUAGUCUAGAACAAUUCAGAAGUAAAAAAAUAGUCUGUGCUCAAGCUCCUUAUUUUUUGGGUAGGAUGCAGAUCAAGUCAGUCUUUGAGAACAUAUUCCAGGUCAUGCAAAAGCCAAUGCCCAAACGUUAAGGAAAAGUAGAAUAUUUGUAAAAUGCAUAUCCAUAGUUUGUCAAUUGUCAUUAUGUGGGUUGAGCCUGUAUGACAUUUAAAGUCUUUGCUUUCAAGUAGCAGUAAACAAUGAAGCAUUCAGCAACAAGCCAAACCUUUGAAUAAAUGAUUCCUCAAGCCAAA